AUGGAUGAAUUCUCUUUGAAGGAGACAAACCCGAACAUACCAUCCAAGAAGAAGUCUAUGGCGAGUGCAUUCGACAUGGUCGAGCCAAUGGAGUUUUUGUACAUAAGGAUAGUGAAAGCUAAAGAGCUUUUUGAGGACAAUGAUGAUCUUGCUUAUAAACCAUAUGUUGAAGUGAAGGUUGGAAACUACAUGGCAAUCACCAAAGUUGAGGAAAAGAUGCCUUGCCCUGAAUGGAAUCAGGUGUUUGCGUUUUCCAAGGAGCGAAUUCACACCACAUUUGUGGAAAUUAUGACGAAGGCUAAAGAUCAAGAGGAAGAUGGAGGGAAGGGUAGAGUGAUCCUUGAUGUGAAUGAGGUCCCAAAACGGGCACCACCAGAUAGCCCGUUAGCUCCACAGUGGUAUAAGUUAGAGGAUUUAGGAGGAGUGUGUGUGAAGGGGGAGUUGAUGUUGGCUCUUUGGAUGGGGACUCAAGCUGAUGAAGCAUUUACUGAAGCAUGGCAUUCAGAUGCAAUUGGAGUAAGUUAUGAAGGUGUUGUGAAUACCAAGGCAAAGGUGUAUAUGUCUCCUAAACUUUGGUAUCUUAGGGUGAAUGUGAUUCAAGCACAGAAUUUAGAAUUGACAGAUAAGAAAAGGAGGCCAGAGGUUUUUGUUAAGGCUGUGUUUGGGGAUGUAACAGUAAGGACAAAAAUUUCUUCUAGUAGGAACGUUCUAAGUCCAAUGUGGAAUGAAGAUUUGAUGUUUGUUGCUGCUGAACCUUUUGAGAAUCAAUUAGUUUUGACUGUGGAGGACAAGGUUGGGAACAAUAAGGAGGAGGUUAUCGGGAAAUGCGUGAUUCAUUUAGGGAGAUUAGAGCGGAGGUUAGGUAGUAAACCAGUUGAUUCUAGGUGGUAUAAUCUUGAGAGAGAAGUGGUAAACGAGGGUGAAGAUGGUAAUGAUGGGAGAACAUAUAACACCAAGAUACAGUUAAGGGCUUGUUUGGAUGGUGGGUAUCAUGUUCUUGAUGAGACUACUCACUACAGCAGUGAUCUGAGGCCAACUGUGAGGCAGCUAUGGAAACAGGAAAUUGGGGUAUUGGAAUUAGGAAUUCUGAAUGCAACUGGGUUACCACAAAUGAAGAAGAAAGAUGGAAAAGGAAGAACAGAUGCUUAUUGUGUAGCUAAAUAUGGGCAGAAAUGGGUUCGAACACGGACAAUAAUGGAUAGCUCUUCCCCUCAAUGGAACGAACAAUACACUUGGGUUGUUUAUGAUCCUUGUACUGUAAUCACAGUUGGGGUUUUUGAUAACCAUCAUUUCCAGGGUCCUGAUGUUGAUGGAGCUCGGGAUUCAAGAAUCGGUAAGAUAAGGAUCAGAUUAUCCACACUUGAAAUUGAUAGGAUUUACACUUACGCAUAUCCACUCUUGGUCUUACACCCUCAAGGAAUGAAAAAAAUGGGGGAGCUUCAGUUAGCCAUAAGGUUUAGUUGCUCAUCUUAUGUCAACUUAUUACAAGUUUAUACUCAACCUAUCCUUCCCAAAAUGCAUUACAGUCACCCUUUAUCCUUAUAUCAGCAAGAAUGUUUAAGGCACCAAGCCACUCAGUUGCUUUCAUUGAGGUUAAGCCGUUCAGAGCCACCCUUAAGAAAGGAGGUUGUCGAGUAUAUGCUAGAUUAUGAUUCACGUAUGUGGAGCAAACGAAGAACAACAGCGAACUUUCAAAGGAUUAAAGCUGCAAUUUCUGGUUUAGAAUAUGCAUUCAGGUUUCUAGAAACUGUAUCUAGCUGGAACAGGCCUUUCCUUACAAUUUCGGUGCAAUUGUUUUUAUUCUUCCUGAUAUUUUUCCCGCAUUUUAUAUUUCCCUCCAUAUGCUUGUACCUCUGCGUGAUUGGAAUAUGGAAGUAUCGAUCUCGUCCUAUAAAGCCUCCACACAUGGAUCCUCAACUGUCGAAUGUUGACAGGGUUGUUAAAGAGGAUUUGGAGGAGGAAUUUGAUGGAAUUCCAACAUGUUGCAAGAACAAUGAUGUAUUAAGGUUCAGGUAUAACAGACUAAGGAUCAUGGCAGGGCAAGUGCAGAUAUUACUUGGAGACUUGGCAACUCAACUAGAGAGAUUAGAAUCACUUCUGAACUGGAGGGAUCCUAGAGCUACAGCCUUGUUUGUCGGCUUUUCUAUGCUUUCUGGGUUACUUCUUUAUGUGGUUCCUUUACAACUGGUGUUUAUUUUGUCUGUGGUUUACUUUUUACGGCCCCCGAAAUUCAAGAGCAAACUUCCAUCAAUGCCUCUCAACUUCCUUCGCAGAUUGCCCGCAAAAACAGAUUCACUACUUUGAUGCACAGCUGAA